AUGGGGAGGGGGAGGGACCUCGGACGGCUCGGCGGGGGAGGGCUCCCGAAGAUAAAGGACGAGUACGGCAAGGCAGAAGCUGACCUUUGGAGGACGAUCAGUCGAGUGCGCAGCCUGUCGUCGCGCGGGGACGGGGAGUUAAAGAUAAAAGAGAAACCCAGCGCGCUGCGACAUCCCAGAGAUUCGGACGCGCGCGCGAGAGAGGAGACGAGGAGUCUGACUGGAAGCAUGAUCUCACUUGGACACGAUGCUUUAAGCUUAGACGCGACCACCAGGGAAGAGAAACUGGAAUUCUUCCGCAGGCUGGCUCGGUUGCGCCCUCACGCGGAGACAUUCCACGACAUGAUGAACAUGUCGAUCAAGCGGUUUCAGGAGGUCGAUGACGACCGGGAACCGAGAGCCGAGACUUACAAGGUGGUGAUCAACGAUUUAUCCCGCGUGCUGCUGCUGCUCACGAAGAAGUCGAGUAUCAUGAUGCCAGCUGACGGCAACAAGCUGCUGCUGUGGGCAGAGCGAGUGCUGCAGCGCUUCCGCCAGCAAAAGCUCGACAACAAUGAAUGCAAUAUACACACGAUGGGCUCCGACCAGGGUGAGUCAUCCGAUGACCACUCGGACCAGUCAGAGAGAGGUCUGCUGAAGGGAGGCCGGAGUAGGCAGCCGAUCAAGCGCUGCCAGUCGCAGUCACUGCAGCACGCCGCCACCCGGAUACACUCGAAACUGUUGGAGAAAUUUGGCAGCACGCCAAAUCUGAAGCUGCCAAUCGGAAUGCCGAUCGCCGAGGAGAGCCAAUCGGGAGGCAGCUCGGCCGGAAGUUCGCCGCCGCCCCCGCUCCACCAAUCACAGACGCGGAGAGGUCGCGUGGUGACGCUGCUGUAAAUAUAACGGCUGGGUCGUGCCUGGCGGGAGAUGCGACGUGUAUUUACGUGACCUUUUAUUUGACUUCUUUGCCUUUCAUCGUGUGUAAUUAUAUCGUAUAAACCACCUGACCGCUGCUGUGAUUUGUCCCAUCUUCAUGGGGCGUAGCUAGCGCGGGGGCGGGCUAAGGGGUGGUUGCUCCCAGAAAAAUGUAGAUAUAUACAUGGUCAAUGGCCAAGAGCAAACCGCGCGUAGCUUUGCCCUCUACUCAGGCAAAAUGAAUUCGCUACAUCCCUGGCGUGUCUGUUUGUGCGUGCGUAUGUGCGUAGAAUAAUUGUGCGUUCGUGUGCGUCAUUCCCAUUCCCUCCCUUCUCUAUCUCCCCCGUUCUCUCGUGAGCGUGUUAAUCAGUUAUCAUCGCGAUCGUGGGUUAACUGCAAUUUGUCUAGGAGGUCAGACUACUUUCAUCUCGUGACGAGCAGGUUGUGCUGUUGUUCUUUCCAUGUGGAGUAAUCUGUGAUCAUACUCAUUCUCACGCAUUAAACACACGCAACCUUGCAACAUGUGCAGACGCAGCAGUACGUAUGGAUUGGGAUAACUGGUAUUUGCUAUAACGUACGUCUAAAUAUUCGGUGUAAUGUAAAUAACCGUUGUAAUAUAAACUGUUGCCGCGAAAAGAGAUUCAUCUACGACGAAAAGCAAUUAGUCUUAUUAACAUAUGAUACAUAACGAACGAUUAAUUUUCUCAUGCUGGCGUGUGUAGGCCUACUUAUGAGUUCAUGUUUACGUGUGAAAUCGUGGUAUUCUGUCGGUGAAACUUUACCUUGGAGUUCUUCUACAAUAUUGAGUCAUAUUUAAGUGAAUGGUUUCGCCACUUGAUCAGUUUGUAGAAGAAUAGAGAGUUGCGGCCGUAUUUGUGGAGAUAUAGUGAAUUGUUACGAUUAAUUGCUUACGAAUAGCCUAUUAAUGGGCUGUACGCGUGAUAAAUUACAUCACGUAUCAGCGUAACCACGAAUCUACGUUUAGUGAGUGUAUACACACGUUUUACGGUAUAACCCCCAACCCUGCUUUUUUAUUCUGCACAAAUGUUUGAUACGUAGUCUCUACUAUUAGGCGGGUUCCCAAGUAUGCGGUAUCACGUUGUACAUUUUGCACCAACCGGAAACCGGAACCUAGAGUUGUUGUGAAUAGUAUACGCACGCCAGUACAACAGCAGUUUGUUUACGGAUGAUUUGCUGCACACGUUCAAGGUGCGAAAGAUAUUAAUUGCACACUAGAAUCACCAUUCUCAAUAGAUUCCGAUCACAGGUUUCAAAUAUUACUUACUUUAUGGAACACUAGGUGGCAGCAGUAGCCUUGCGAUCCCCGGAUUGCUAUUUCCAUUUAUACAAAACGUCGUCGUCGUGAUGACAAGAAUUAAUUACAGAUGAACAGACCGACAGACUGAUAUGAACAUAAAUUGAUAAAGAACAUCAAGCGAUUAUAUUCGUUGCAUUUCCAAUAGAUAAACAGAGUUAAAAACACAAAAUUUUAAUUAAUAAUAGGUAACAGCAUCAGUUAUAACAAGCCAAAUUGCGUAAAAUCUCCGCCAAUAAUACGAUUAUCAACAUUCAAUCAAUCUAACGUACGAUACACACAAGAUACAGACACGAGUUCCCAACAUACGCUCCUCACAAACAGACGACAGUACGCAAGAGCACGUAACAUUUACACGAGUGAGUGAGUAUGAAAUUAUGCGUGUUACCGGUCAAGAUUGUAUAAUAACAAGAGCCCAUUAACCCCUUAUAUUAAGAGGGGUUAAUGGGCUCUUGAUAAUAACCAGUGACAUUUAACGGCAGAUCGCGUCAGCUUUAAUGAUGUUUGUAUGUGGUUAUAUCGAAUCAAAUAAAGCCGUACUUAUUACAGAA